UAGAUCACUGGCCUUUACUUCACCGUCGGCUCUUAAUCUAACUAUCGAGGUGGAUAUACGGCCUGGAAGAAAAGGAAAUAAGAGUGUUCAAAAUCCAAGGCAAGACAACAUGCCGCCACAGCUUAUAUUCGGCACCGCCGGCUUCGGCAUGGACAACUCCGAGUUCCAAGACGCCGAGUCCGUCAGGGCCGUGCUCACAACUGUCAAGGGGCUCGGCAUCCGCCGCUUAGACUCGGGCGCGCGGUACCCGCCGCUCAAUCCGGGACGGUCAGAGGAGCUGAUCGGGGAGGUCGCAGACCUCAGCAAGGAUUUCGCGGUUGACACGAAGGUGUUCACCGACACGCGGAAAGACAGCAGCGGGGACCUGACCCGCGAAAACAUCCAAAAGUCGGUCGAGGGGAGCCUGGGGAGGCUGAGGAGACCCGAGGGCGAGGGUAUUAACGUGCUGCACAUACACCGCGCGGACCCUACGACGCCGCUCGAGGAGCAGAUCCAGGCUUUCAACGAGCAGAUCGAGUUGGGGCAUUGCAAAGCCUGGGGCGUAUCCAACGUCCCCAUCCCGACCCUCGAGCGCAUCGUCGCCCUCUGCGACGAGCACGGGUGGCGCAAGCCUUCGUGCUAUCAAGCCGAAUACAGCAUCGUGUCGCGGGGCGUCGAGACCAAACUCCUGCCGCUCCUCCGCGCGCACGGCAUCCGGCUCAACGCCUUCCGGUCCAUCGCCUCGGGGCUCUUAACCGGGAACCUGAGCAGCGGCCGGACGGAGGGCACGCGGUUCGACCCGGCGAACCCUUUGGGCGGCGCGAUGCGGCGCGUGUUCGGGGCGCCCGACCUGGUCUCCGCCGUGAAGAGGUUCGACGAGCGGACGAGGGAGAGCGGGGCCGAGCCCCUCGAGGUCGCUGUGCGGUGGAUCGUGCACCAUUCGCAGCUCGGCGAGGAGGAUGGCGUGUUGCUGGGCGCGAGCAAGACGCGGCAGGUUGUGCAGACGGUGGAGUUGGCGAGGAAGGGGCCGUUGUCUGAGGAGUUGCUGAAGUUAGUGGAUGAGCUGUGGGAUGCGGUGAAGGAGACUCGGGGCGAUAUCAUCUGAACUGUUAGAUAGGUGGUCAUUAAGUUUGGAUUUUUGGUCGUCGUAUCCUGGUUGAAUAAGAUUCAUAAACGACCGGUUCUAUAGAGUACGGUACCGAUACCUAAACCCGAAAAAUUCUAAGUACGCCGAGUUC